GCCACCCCUCCCCAAAGCCCCCACCUCACCGGAGCCCUCGCCACGCCAAUGGCGUCCCCACCACGGCCGCCGGAGCCCAUGCCCUCCGCGGCGGGGCUGGAGAGCCUGGAGGGCCUCGUCCUGGACACGGUCAUCUCCAAGGCCGGCGCGCGACCCGCCGCGGCGCUCGCCUGCGCCAGCACGCGCCUCCGCGCCGCCGUCGCCGACGACUCGCUCUGGCGCCGCUUCUGCGCCGAAGACCUCGGUCUCGACGCGCUCCUCGACCCCGAGGACCGGCCGCUCCCGUCCUUCCAGGUUGCAUAUAAAGUUUGGUUGGAGUCUUUUGGCAUGUACCCUUUACUUCUGGUGAAGAGAGUGAAACAAUUCUGGAGUUCAUUGAAAAUAUUUUUGUCUGGAAACUUUCCUGAGGCAUUGAAAACUUUGUGCAAAGGUGUUUCCGAAGCUCAAUUAAAUUCAGCAGAGGAUGAUCUUGGUUUCAAGCUCCCUUUGCCUACAAGACUAUUGUAUCGCUUUUGCAAUGCUCAGCUGCCUUUUAGUGAAGACCAUGGUGCAAAUGAACGCAUUUCAACUCAUGGAAUAAUUGGGGGCUAUGCGUUUUAUAAUCAUUGGGUAAAUGUGCAUUUAUCACCACUUGACCAAAUAGUUGAAGAGACAAGAGAACUUUAUCAUGGGUUCAAUGAGGUUUUUAAUGGGCGCAAACUCAUUGUAGUGGCGACUUCAUGGUUUCGCCCAAAAACGUUUCUCCUUAACUGCUCAAAUGGUCAACUUUAUGUUGGCACAAACAACUUACCAAAAGGAGAAAUGAUUCCCUGUGUACCUAAAUCAUUGAUAAGGCCAACUGAUAAUGAUAUGCCCCAAGAUGGAUUACUUUUGUGGUUGGAAGAGCAUCUCAGGCGUUUACAGAAUGGCAUGAUCAAGAUCCGUAUGCUCAUGACAUCGAGGUAUAUCAGCUUAUAUCCAGAAGCACCUCCAUCAUGUACUUCAGCUAUGACAAAUGGUGUUAAGGUACGUGCGUCUGCUGUCUUUGUGCCAGAACAUCCUGAAAGUGGGGGGCCUCAGGAAAGAUGUGUGUACACUUACUCCAUUCGCCUGUCAGUUCCAGAGGCAUGCAUGCUAGGUGGUGUGUACUAUUCUUCCUGCCAGCUUUACUCACGCCACUGGAUCAUCCGAUCAAGGGACUGGGUUGUUUCUGAUAUGCGCGGAGAAGGUGUUAUUGGGGAGUAUCCUGUGCUAUCACCAGGUCAGGAAGAGUUUGUCUACGAGAGUUGCACACCAAUGCCAAAAGGACCUGGAUCUGUGGAGGGCUCCUUUUCAUUUGUGCCUGGCAAGUUGAGCCGACCUGAAGGAAAACCAUUCGAGGUCACGGUGGCUCCGUUCCCUCUGGAAGUGCCAGAGUACAUCUUCUGAGGAUCGUAGUGAAUAAUAAUAAUGUAAUCUGGUACAUGCUUCCCUUUGGUACUUGCUUGGGUGUGGCAAAGUUGCUGUGUCUGGGAUGAUCUUGUCGCAGUAUAGCAAUGUAAAGUAUGGAACUUUGUGGCUCUUACUUGGUGUAGCAAUAGGAACAGUAGCCAAGCAACCAGUAAAUGGGCCAUGGCUGUGUGGAUUAUCUUUUGGAACCUUUAACUUGGGCCGACGUCAGACGCGGGGCCCAUUGGAUACAACGCAAAUGGUUGGGUUAGGGCGUUAGAUCCUCAGUGCAGACUGUGAAGCGUGUUCAGUGGGUUUGUUGUUGUACCACCUUGUGCUUUUGGAGAGUGUGCAAUGCUCCAUGUAUUUCAUUAAAGAGAAAAAAGGGCAAGUCUUGACCGCUUU